AUGUUAUUUCAAGACGGAUCAUUGUUUGAGCAAGUGUUAAUUCUGCAAUUACUAGCUGCUCAUGUUAACUCGCUUAUCGUAACCACAAUUGACAGUGUAUUGUCUAACUGCCCUUUCUACAUUUCACUUGCAUCUUCCAAACCUCAAACGAAGGUCAAAAGUUUCAAGUACAGAAUUCCUGCACUGAAAGCUGAGCCAUUGGUUUAUCAGUUUCCAUUGAUCCUCUCAAUUAGUUCAAGGUUGUACGGGAAUGGUCACCGUAAGAAUUGGUACGUCCAAAAACAAUUGGGCUAUAGGGAACAUUUGGCUUUGAGGUUGAAUAUGCAAAUCAACCCUAACUAA